AGAAGAAGAUUUUGUGAUGAGGUAUAUCGGAACGCGCACAAAAUGCAGUAAAAAAUUGUGCAUAAAAUUUCAAAAUUCGUUCGUAAUGCGCAAACUGGCGCAAUUGUGCUAAUUAAGUGGCCCUUUCUUUUGAGUUAUAGUGGUUUUUUAUAAUACACAUUACAUACAAAAGGCAAAUUACAUCUUAAUUGACAUCAAUACACAAACACAUAUGCGGGACACACACAGAACUCACAUCUCGAGGGCUCGUGUGUGUGUGUGUGUGUGUUUGUGAGUGCUGGACUCUGCUUGACUGCGACGUUGGCAGCGACGUCGACUGCAGCUGUGGCUGCUGCUGCUGUUGCUGUUGUGGGCAACAAUAAACAAUGAAAGGUGCAAGUGAAUCAAAUUGUGUACAAUCAUUAUUAUUAUUAUUAUGUGCUUGGCUCGUUGCUGUUGCUCUAAGUGUGACGGACGAUGAAACAACGAUGCACAAGACAACGAAAAGAAAAACAAACUAAUAACAAGGCCAACAGCAACAGCAACAACAACAAAAAUAAUAACGCGCAAAUACUGCAUACAAGAUACAUAGAAACAAAAAGCAAGAAAACGAGAAAUAUCGUAACGAGGUGUGUUUUCUGUGUUGUGUUGUGUGCAAAUAACAAAAACAAAAACCAAAAUUACGUCGCCGUACUGUACACACCGUCUGCCUCCCACCCCCUCAUCCUAUCCACAAUCCACAUAGCGCUGCAGAAAAAGGAAUAUCAACAACACGAAAUAGAAGCAGUGGAAGAAGCAGAGCCAAACAACAACAACAACAACAGCGACACCAACUAGAAGCAGAGCCAAACAACCACCCAAAAUGUCGUCGCUCAAGGUUGCUGUGAGGGUUCGCCCCUUUAACUCACGUGAAAAUGACAUGGACGCCCAGCUUAUUGUGGAGAUGGAGAACAAGAAGACGCGACUAGUGAAGCCUCGUUUGCAAUCCAUUCGCGAUGCUGGAAGAGAAGCGCAUCAUGACUUCACAUUUGACUAUUCGUAUUGGUCAUUCGAUGCGGAGGAUUCACACUUUGCCACCCAAGAGCAAGUGUACAGCGAUCUGGGCAACGAUGUCGUCGAUUGUGCCUACGAAGGUUACAAUGCCUGUGUGUUUGCCUAUGGCCAAACAGGUUCUGGCAAGACGUUCACCAUGAUGGGCACCCCGAAUAAUCCUGGAUUGAUACCGCGCAUCUGCGAGGAGCUCUUUGCACGCAUGAAAGUGGGCCAGGAGUCGGGAACCGGAUAUCGCACACACGCAAGUUACCUGGAGAUCUACAACGAGCGUGUCAAGGAUCUGCUCGCAGCACAGAGCACAGGACAUGCGUUGCGAGUGCGUGAACAUCGCAGCCUGGGGCCUUAUGUUGAGAAUCUGUCGCAGCACGCAGUGUCCGACUUUGAGGAGAUACAGGAAUGCAUUGCGAGGGGCAAUGCACAUCGCACCACGGCGAGCACGAAUAUGAAUGAUACGAGCAGUCGCAGUCACGCCAUCUUCACGAUCACAUUUGUGCAGGCCGUCUUCAUGAAUGACAUGCCAAGCGAGACAGUCUCCAAGAUCCAUUUGGUCGACUUGGCUGGCAGUGAGCGCGCCAAUGCCACGGGAGCGACGGGACAGCGACUGAAGGAGGGCGCCCACAUUAACAAAUCUCUGGUGACGCUGGGCAGCGUCAUCUCGGCGCUGGCGGAACAGACGAGCGCCGCUCACAUGCACAACUCUACCUCGCUGGCAACGACGCCAAACAGUGGCACAAAGCGUGUGCUAUACAUUCCCUAUCGCGACUCCAUUCUCACUUGGUUGCUCAAGGACAGUUUGGGUGGCAACAGCAAGACCAUUAUGAUAGCUGCUUUGUCGCCAGCGGAUUGCAAUUACAGCGAAACGUUGAGCACGUUGCGCUAUGCAAAUCGAGCCAAGAACAUCAUCAACAAGCCAACUGUAAACGAAGAUGCCAAUGUGAAGCUGAUACGCGAGCUCAGAGAGGAGAUCAACAAGCUCAAGUCGAUGCUGACAGGAGAUAUUCACUCGCUGCAGCCUUCGCUUAAGGUGUUGGCUGAUCUGCAAAAGAAGGAGGCGCAGGAGAAAGUGCUCACCGAGGAAUGGACGGAGAAGUGGAAGGUGGCACAAUCCAUAUUGCAGGAGCAGAAGAGUCUUGGCUUGCGUAAAUCAGGCGUGGGAGUUGUACUCGACUCGGAGAUUCCCCAUUUGAUUGGCAUACACAAUGAUGUGACAACCGGAGUGACGCUUUACAGCCUGAAAGAAGGCGAGACAUGCAUUGGCACCGAGGAUGCCGAGCUGGCGCCGCACAUUGAACUUGUGGGCGAUGGCAUAAGACCGCAGCACUGCAGCAUUGUGUUGAAAGGAGGCGUGGCCACAUUGCAUCCAUGUCCGCAAGCGCAGUGCUGGGUGAAUGCGCAUCUUAUUGACGAGCCCAAGCAGAUAUCGCAGGGCGACAUUAUACUGCUCGGGCGCACCAACAUCUUUCGCUUCAAUAAUCCCAGUGAGGCGGAGAAACUGCGCAAGGAUUUGAAUCGUUCGCAGCUGGACAUGUCGCGUUUAUCGUUGAUAACCUCUUCGAGGGAGAAUUUGCUGUCUUGCAGCGUGAAUUUGGAUGAGGACUCGAUGACGGGCAGCACUUCAUCGCCUUACAAACGCUCUGAUCGCCAGUAUUAUCCACAGCGUCCAAUGUCACGCGAUGAUCCCGAGCUGCAGGACGAGAAUCGCAAGAUUUUAGACACCAUUGAGAAUGCGCUCAAGCAGCUGAAUGUGGAACGUGUUCAGAUGCACGAUCAGUACAAGACAAAGGUGCACAAACUGACAGCAGAGCUGAAGCGUUUGGAACUGGAGAAAAUGGAUGGCAUGCAGCUGUUGAAUUGCCGUGAACAGGAGCUGCUUGCUCGCAAGGACAUGCUCCUAUGGGAGAAGAACAACGAGAAGGUUCAGAUCGACAUUGUGUGUAGACAAAUUACUGCGUUUCAAACACAGCUCGACUCUAAGAAACGCGAUUUCUCUGAGUAUGUAGCCAAAGAAUUGCAGGAACUGCAUGAUUGUGGCAAACUUGACGAGAUGGGCAUGAAGAUCGAGGAGGGAACGCCGCUCAACGAUGAGUUGUUGUUGCAAGUGUCCGACUCGCUGGACUUGUUUGCCGCGCAGUUUAUCAAGGACACAGUGCGAAGAAAUAACGAGGAAAUACGACGAUUGGACGAACAGAUAGCUGAAAAGGAGCGCAUACUCAAUGCCAGCACCAGCAAAAUAGCUAAAGUAGACGAAACUAUGCUGGAGAUUCAGGCGCAAUUGGAUCGCUUGCGACUGGAGCGCAUUGAGGGGGAGAAGGAAGCGCAGAGCAUCAAGACCAAGAAGCAGAGCAUGCAACUGCAAGUGCAGAGCUCCAAUGAGAUGGACGAUGUGUCCAAGUCGGACACGUAUAAAACAUGUGAUACUUUCCCCUCGGACUUCUCGCCCACUAUCACCGAGGGUCAGCAGUCGCCACUGAGCAAUUGCUCCUGCGAUGCAGGUGAUGAGGCGGAGGAUACGCGCAAGGACGACUUCUCCGGCAGCAGCGAGGACACUUCACGCACCUGCACGGCGGGUCCAAGCAGCGGAAGUGCGCCCAGCUCGCAGGCCGUCAUGAGCGACAGUGGCGUCUGCUUGGAUAGUCGUAAUCAGGCUCUGUUGCAGAAUGGCGUCGCAGCCAAUCAUCGACAUCAAAUGCGCACCAGUGAUGAGGAGACUGGUUCGUGUUCGUCCUGCGAAAUCGGACGCUAUCCGGGACUAACAAGAGCUUAUUGUCCGCUGCAUGCGAAGCGUCGCAAGAUUGCGGCCCAAAAGGCGUUGAUUAUGAAGAACCUCGAAUCGGAUGUGAACAAGACGGAGUUGGAUGAGCAGAUUGCCGAUUUGCAGGAUUUGCAGCGUAGCUACAUACAAUUGGAGCAGGAGCUGCUGCAGUCUGUGCAAGAUCUAGAAGCGCAUGCUUUAUGCUGUGCGGAGGAGCGUGCCGGUCACAUGGCCAGCUCAAUAAUGCGCUCGAGUGUGAUGAGCCCCACCAGCAUGGAGGAUUCCAACUCGCAAGGCUACUCGCCAAGCAUGACCAGAUCGUGUCCGUCCAUGUUAAGGGAGUGCACUGAGGGCGAACACUUUAUUACCAUACCCACAUUUGUGAUGCGUGGAGCUGGCAAGCAGACGCAUUAUGAGUAUGAGGUGCGCAUUGCGCUGCCAGAUGGUAAGCUCAACAUUCUGCGUCGCUACAGUCGCUUUCGUGAGCUGCAUCUCUGCAUGAAGCACUGCUAUGGGGCCAAGAUCUCUGCUUUACCAUUUCCACGUCGCGAACUCUUCGCCUCGAACAGCGAGCCGGUGGCCAAGCAUCGUCGCCGUUUGCUCGAGCUGUAUCUGCGUCGGCUCUUCGUCGUCUGCUCGAAGAUACCGCAGUGUCCGAUCUAUGAGGGACCCGGUGGGCCGGGCCUGACGCGUGCCUCCCUCGUACAGCUGUCGUCUUUUUUCAAGAAAGGCCUGUUCGAGAACGGAAAGCAUGGGACGGGAUAAUAGUUAACCUACUGCUGAAUUAUCUCCUGCCUACAGUGUGUCUAUGUAUCUAUUUGUACUAUCUGCUCAGCUAUAUCGGCGAGCAAAUGCACCUGUUUUGACAAGUGAAAUCCGUAAUCGAGAAUCGAUAAUCUGUAAAACGGUAAUCGGUAGACUGUAAGACCUUGUAUGUACCAUGUACCAUGUACUAUGUGUAAGACCACCAGUGUCCUUCCAAAAUACGAGUAUGUUAUUAUUUUUAUACCACUAUUUGAAUAUAUAAUCUUAUACCCGUACUCACACCUAUCGCUGUGCAAUCUCUGCGUGUAAUCCAUCAACCAAUCAAGCAACCAACCAAUCAGUGUAUGAAGCCUUAAACUAAUUGUAAAUCUAACUGCCAACGGCAUUAACAUGUAUCUUUAUAUAAUUAUACUGUAAACUUUAUACAAUGCGGUUAUAACUUCCACACAGUUAAAACAGUUGAGAUUCCAACUAUGAAAAUGCUCAGUUGGUUUGUUCGUUUGUUUGUUUGCAAACUUUUAAAUAGCUAAUUUUUGAACUAGUUAAAUAUAUAUACAACAUAUACGUAAGCAUAAGUUAUUCCAGUUAUUCAGUCUGUGAUUAUCAAUUGAAUGAAGAACUUCAAAUCCAAAACAAAAAAGUACGAAACUCAACAUUUCAAUUAAAAAGCAUGUACUAAAUUUUGAUUAGUUGUUGUAAGCGAGCUAAAGAGCUAUUAAAACACUGAUGUGGGUUUUGGGUAGGCAGACAUUUAGCAGUAGGCGAUAAGCAAUAUUUUAGCAUCUAAGCAUCGAGCACUUAGCAAUAAGCCGAACGUCGCAAUUACAAACAAACAAAUAAGUACACUUCACUAAUUAUGAGUACAACUGACCGCAAUUGCAACCGCAAAUGUAAUGCAACCGCAACAAAAACAUGAAAUGUUUAAUAAGUCUAAUAUAAAUGAUUAGGUUAAGCACUUAGCUCUAUGACAAUUGAUCGUUGAAACUGACAUUGAAUAGCAUUGAAACAAUAAUAGUUUAAAUGUUUGAAUAAACUAAUUUAAUACGAAAUUUAAAA